UUGAAUAUUGUCAAAAUUAAUUUAAAAAAAAAUAUUUGUGAAUAAAGCAGCGCGCAUAGCUUUCAUUAGUAAAUUAUUUAUUUUUGUCUUUUUUGUCUAACUUUUUUCAUAUAUAAAUUUUUGCAUCAAAUCAAUAUAUUUUCCAAUAUUCACAAAAUCUAAUUCCAAAAAAGUAACCAAUCGGCACUUAAUUAGCAAUAACAAUUUUAUUCUUGAAUUUAUUAAGAAUGUGCCUCCUUCAACUCCGGCACACCAGCGCAUCCCCUCGAUGGCGGAGAUUCCUUAAACUUUUUCAAGCAUCCUAGAUCCUACCUACCCUAUGCUCCGCCCUCGCAGUAUUGCCUACCCUGACUUCUAACUUGCUGCUGCUCUAUUUUUGAGCGUCGGCAAAAACAGUGCGGCAAAUAGCUUUAGAAUUUACGAGUAUAAUUAAAAGAGAAAAAGAAAAGUAGACUAAAACAGUUGUAAUUUGAAUAUAACUUUUAGAUAAUUAUGUUAUUUGAAAAAAAUUUAAAGAAUAAAUUAUCUGACAAAAAUGGCCUUAAACUAAUCUUUUUAAAUGUUUUCAGAUCAAGAAAUAUGGACGAUGAGCUGCGUACCAUUAUUCUCGUCAGAGUUAAAUGGACAACAAAUAUAUCUGAGGUAAAAGAAUAUUAAAAAAUGUCAAUAAACACAUUGGCAAUAUAAAUAACUAUUAAUUGUGGAUUGCGGUUUAGUAAAUCUAAUAUCUGUUAAUUUAGUUCAAAGAAAAUGUUGAAAUUUAAAAAAAAAAAAUAAAAAUUAAGUUAUUUGUGAAUUUGAUAUGAGUAAAUUUAAAAGUGAUGAAUGGAGAGAGAAAAAGGGAAUUUAUUAAUUAAUUACUUUUAACUAUACUCAAAUUAAAUUAAAAGCUUCCGCAAUGAAACACGGAUUUAAAAAAAAUAAUAUAUUGACAAUAUUCAAAUUUUGCACUCUUUAAUAAGAUUUUUUUUUCAUUAUAGAGAAACAGCAAGAUUGCAAUGGUGAUGCCACUGAAAUAGACAUACUUGCCAACAGCCAGUCAGCGCCAAGGCAGAGCAGAAAAAUGAAGACGGGGCAAUAAGAAGAUAUACAAUUCUGAAAACUCUAUAACGAAGACAAUUUUGAAAAUUAUUUUAUUGACUUCCAUAAUUUAAGUGAUGUUCAAUCAGAUACUAUUUGAACCUCCAAAGUGAGCACGCUAUUCAUGAAAAAAUUGUCAUGAUCUGGCCUAGCCGUCGCUUUUUUAAUGACGCUUGAGCUUCUUUUGAACUAAUUAAUAUUUUUAAUUUUCCCUUCAAAAAAGAGAGGAAGGAAUGAUAUACCAUUCAUUAAAUGUGUGCUGCUGGUUUUGUUUAAUUUAUGAACUCUUUUUUUUGGGGGGGCUUAAAUUAAAUAGUGUAUUCCUUUAUUAUGCAGUCUUCCACUUAGUUAUUUGUAGGUAAUGUAAUACUUAAAAAAAUCUUUUAAUUCAAAAAUGUUGUAUUCGGUACUGCUUUAGUUACUAAAAAUAAAAGUAGUAUCGUACCUGAUUUAGUGGGGAUAAUUUAAGAAAUCUCUGUACUUUUUGCAUGGAGUUAAUGGAAAAUAUAGUGUUAAAAAUAUCUCAAAUUUAUAUUGCAAAAAUUUUAAUUAACCAUCUAACUCUUUAAUUUGUUCUUCGAUCUUCGAUGUAUUUUGUUCUUUAAUGGUAUGGAACUGUUUAUGUUAAAUUACUUUCUGUGUUAAUACUUGGAAAUUUUUGUGAUAUAUGGAAUUUACGUGAGAGCUAUUUAAAUAAAACGAAUAUUGCUAUAAAUUUGACUUUCAAUGAUAAUUACGAAAAUACCUGCUGAAAUAAUUAAUAGAAAUAUAAAAAGAACGCGAAAAUAUAAAGAGGUAUAAAAGCCGCAUAAAAAGCGUUUAGCGUACACGGUGUAGGCCUAUGCGCAUAUUACACGUAUAUUAGACGGACAUUUUAGACGUGUAAUAUACGUCUAUACACCAUCUAGGCUAUACCAAAAUUAUGCGUAUAAUAUACGUAUAAUAUGCCGAAAAUACACGACUCAUGCGCACAGGGCGGUACAAGUAUGGCUGUUUUUCUGCAUUCUUUUUUGCUGAGAUCAGAGAGAUGGAAGGCCAAAUUUGCAUAAGUGUGGGUGAAAAAGAGCGAAGGACGCUCGGCGAGUUAACUCACGGACUACUCGGCGUGCAAAAUGAUGACUGGAUUGGAAAACCGAAGCUUCUGUUUCUAAUCGAUCAAAACUGCGUGGCAACUGAUCAACAACCGACGACAAGAAGAAUAACGCCACGGAUUAAAAGUCAGAGAGUUCUCGGAGCAACUAAUCACAAUGGUUGGUUUGUUGUCGUUCUUCGAAAUAGAAGCUCACAUUUUCUUGAGCAAUUCAUCAAAGUCUUCGAGAAUCAAAAACUCAAAGACAAGCAGAGCAGUUUGCAGGAACUUGUAGGAGAAUUGCUGACGACAUCAAAUGACGAUUCAGGAAACACAGUGACGAUAGUUUCUACCUUAGCGCACUUGCUCAGUUUCCCAGACCUGGAGCAAAACUUCUUCCACCCACAUUUCGAAUUGGAUGGAAAUACGGAGAGGUUUGAAUCUAUAAUCAGCCGAGCCAGAUUCAUCUAUAGAACUAGCAUGUGGUUGCUGACGUCUGCCCCGGGAUCUGGGAAGACGACUAUGUUCCGGGAAAUCUUAUUUAGAAUGCAAAGAGCCGUAAACAGCGAUGUAAAGGUUUAUCUAAUUUUCCUCGUCCGCGUCUCCCACCUUUUCCAUGCAGCCAAAAGUAAGAGACAGACAGAACCGUCCCUUGCUUCUAUCGUUGCCCACGUGAGCGGCAACCUAGAAGAAGACAUUCAAAAUCUAAUCGACACUAAGAAGAUUGUUUUGAUGUUUGAUGGCUUUGAUGAAAUUAGCAAAAAUUACGGAGCUGAAGUGCUGAAGAUAUUUGCUGAAGCUUUGAAACAGGAAGUGACAAUCUGGGUUUCCACGAGACAACAUGAAGAAGAUGCUAUUCUUCAACAUGUGGACCAAAAAGUAGAUAUAAGAAGGAUUAAAAUCUGCCCAUUAAGCGAUACUGAGCAAAUAAGAUUUUUGAUGAUUUUGUCCCAAAAAUCUUUUCAUGAUUGUAAGCUAAAGAUUAAAUUAUACGAAAGAAAUGGUCACGAGGACGUACUAAAAAGCCCGCUCCAUCUAAAAAUGAUCGCGGAACUUGACGAUUCUGCUGUAAUAGAAAAAUUCGACUUGUACGAUAUUUACGAAAACGUUGUGGAUCAACAAUUGCGCCUUACACUGACAUUGUUCAAAGAAGGCACACUUGCGUACGAAAAAGCUCGUGAUUCUAUAUUCAAGGACCUGAAGGGGAUUUCUGCUGAUUUUCUUAGCACCGGCACCACUGCAACCAAAUUAAAAAAUAUCAACAAUGGACUUGCAACAAUCACCAAUGGACAUGUCCGAUUCGUACAUCAAACGUUUGCGGAAUUUUUCGCAGCCACAUACUUCAUUGAUUGUCUUUUUGAUGACCUUGAAAUGCCUUUUGAUAUAUUUAGAGACGAAUUCCGUGGAGUCCGCAAGUUCGUUGAUCUGAGAAUUUCAAUUGAAAAGCAAUCUUCGAAGGUGUUCGCUGUGCUGGAAAAACAUUUGAAUGAGACUCUAACAAGACAAAUUCUUUUCAAAAUCAUUUGGGACGAACGACUCGGUGCAUUUUCGUAUGCUAGUUCCAGACUUGUUUCUCUUGUUGAGAGCAGUAAGCUAAAUUUUAUGUACUCGGAUAUUGACUACAUCAUGGAAAAAGCCAGCGAAUAUAGUGAAAUAUUUGCGGUGGAAAUAUUAGAAAAAGGUGCCUUUUCAAAGUUUAAAUGGCCGGAAGAUACCGCUGCAAAAAUGCUGAUUAAUGCAAUUGAAAAAAAUUUUGCCAGUCUCCUUUUAAAAUUAGAGGAGAAAGUUGAAAAUCUGAAACUCUUAGCGCAGCGAGAUAAAAAAAGACUGUACAAAGCAGUUCGUUUAGGAAUUAAGUGGAAUAAUCAUGAGGUGUUAAAGCUGGUGCUAGAAAAAGAGUACACCGAACAUACUGAAGAAUUUAUGGGCGCGCAUCUGGAACUUGCCGUCCGUCAUUGUAGCGCCGAGUGCGUUGAGCAUCUGAUAGACCACGGUGCUCACACUACCGACCUAUAUGAAUUUCAAGAUUUAGACCAAUAUACAGCGAGUGCUCUCCUGAAGACCAAAGAAGAGACGCUUCCGAAGUUAGCGGCAGAAAUUUUUACCGUUGCCCUUGAAAGCAAAAAUGUUGAAGCAGCUAUGGCUGUGCAUGACAGAUUCGUCAACAAUAAAAUGGCAGACUUUGACAUCAGCAACAGAGCCUUGUAUGAAGUAAUUCAGUGGAAUAGAUAUCCCGAGGAAGUGGAAGUUCUGUGCCGCUGGCUGGUGGAACGUUGCGGCUUCGACAUAUAUGAUCACGCCGCCAUGGGGUGCAAUGCUCUUCACUGUGCAGCCCAAUACGGGCAUCAUGGUUUAGUGAAAUACUUCCUUGAAAAAGAUCCGAAUCUGAUCGAAUCAAUGACCGAAUCGCAAUGUGAUGUUUUGUGCCACACCAUAUUUGGAUUUAAAGGCUCUAAAGAUUUCUAUCCACCAGAUUUUGAAUUCAUUGAGGAAAUAAUUAUCUGCCCUGGAAUCCAGCAAAUCAUAUCUGUUCUUGAUACACUGCACACUUAUAAUUCGGAGAUGAUCAAACGCAAAAGUGAUGGUGACAAAACUUUGCUUCACAUGGUAUUGGAAAGAUUUCAUUUCGAAAGAUUCGAAAUUUGCAAAUGGCUAAUAGAAAAUGGAGUUGAUGUGGAAGCUGCUGACGAUCGCGGAUGGAAUGCAUUCCACUACUUCACCAGGGCGAACAUGGCCGAGAAUGACGACCGAGGGAAAAGGGAUUUGAAUAUGAUAAUAAGCUUGUUAAGCGAGACCAUCCCCGAGUGUGUUAAACAAAGAACCAAGAAAGGAGAAACGGUGCUGCACUUUGCUGCUAAAAGCAAUCACAUAGGUGUGACCGACUUUGAAUGGCUAGCUAGCCAGCAGGGCCUGGAAUUAGGAGAUGUGGACCACAGAGGAUGGAAUGUUCUUCAUUUUGCAAUGCACGAUACGGACAUGGCAGGAUGGUUUUGCAAUGAGAGUGAAGAGAAGAUGCGUUUCAUCCUUGAAACUCAGCCAAGCCUGCUUCAAUCGGUGACCGAGAGUGGCGAGAAAAUUAUGCAUUUUAUUGCCAACAAUAAGGAUCACCACGGGAGGACUCUGAAAUAUAUGAAGUUCGUGCAUAAUCUUGAUAAAGAACUCGUCAGUCAAAAAACGGCAAGCAAUAAAACGGUGCUGCAUUAUGCGGCGGGAAGUGGCAACAUGAAGUUGUGUCAAUGGCUUCUUGAUGAGGUUGGCCUCGAGGUGGAUGCGGUGGACGACGAGAGCUGCAAUGUUAUACACCACGCUGCAGUCCAUUCGAACGUGGAUCUUCAACUCUUAAAAUAUUUGCACGAGAAAAAUCCGCAACUGAUCCACAAGAGAACAAACAGACACCAAACAGUCUUGCAUUUGGUAGCGCGAAAUGAAAAGCUAAGUGUGUGUCAGUGGCUCGUGGACGAAAUAGGCCUUGCAGUGGACGCAUUGGACGCUGAGCGCUGGAACGCUGUGCACUACGCUUCUUACAAUACCACUUACCGGCUUGAUUUCAUCAAAUACUUCCAUGAGAAAAAUCCGGAUGUGAUAAGGCAGAAGACGAAGAAAAACCAAACGAUGCUGCACUUAGCUGCGGAACGUGGCAACUUGCAGGUAUGCGAGUGGCUCUCGGAGGAAAUAGGCCUUGAGGUGGAUGCCGAGGACGACGAUGGCUGGAACGUGAUGCACUUCGAUACAUAUAACACCAGCUACGAUCUCCGUUUAAUCAAAUAUUUACACCGGAAAAAUCCACAUCUCGUAAAAAAGAAGACCAACAGAAACCAAACAGUGCUGCUUUUAGCUGUGAAAAACGACUUAUUGGAGAAAUGCAAAUGGCUCGUGGAAGAAGCGGGUGCUGAGGUAGACGCCGUGGACGACGAGGGCUGGAACGUCUUCCAUUAUGCCGCUUCUUAUAUCCAUGAUUCAAAAACUGGGAAAUUAAGUGCUGUUGAAAUGUUUGAAUAUUUGCUUCUGAAUAGCCCUAGUUGUCUUCUUAAGAAGAAGACAAAUAGAAAUGAAACCGCGCUGCAUCUUGUGGCCAAAAACGAGAGCGGGCUGAGACCGAAAGAAAGAUACGAGUGGCUCGUCAGUGCCGGCGUUGAUGCCUCAGAGCUAGAUGUAGACGGAAAAACUGCAAUGCAAGUGGCAAGCCAACAUUUUAUUAGCAGAUACAACAAUAUUUGUUUCAAUAAAAAUGAAUGGUAUAAUUAAUCUGUGCUAUCCAAUUUAAGAAAAAUAUUUAAAUGGUUUUUUAGUUCAAACGUAAAUAUUAAUAAGUAAAUUUAAGAUCCGUUCUGAUUCGGUCCAUGAAAAAUAGCAGCUUAAGUUUGUAUUUUUUUUUUUCAAUUAAAACAAUUGAUUAAUUGUUUUAUUGCCAUUUUUUUCUUUUUAACUUUAUCAAAUUUAUACCAGAAGGAAAAGUGUUUGAAUGCUGAUCAUAAAAAUUAAUUAUUAAUCUAGCAUUCAAAUAAUUUUUUAUCUGGCCGAUUGUUACAUUUUUAAUUUCUUAUGAUGAUGGUUUCAAUCUGUCGUGAAAUUUUUAUUGCUAUGAAUUUUGCUCCUAAAAAUAAAGAAAAGGAAAGUUUGUGCACCUGUUUAAUUUUUAUAUU